AUGGUGAAUUACGUCAAUCCGCUCGCCAUGUACCAGGGCAAGGGCGGACAGUACGGCGCGGGGGGUUGGUACGGAUGGCAGCAUCAGAACUUUGAGGAACAGCAGUGGUGUGCGUGGAACGGAGCGCCGACGGCUGGGGAAUGGCCAUCGGACCCUCAUCACUUCAAGCGCGAGCCGGGUGAGAGAGAUGUCGGGGAGAUGCAUUCACCAGCACGAGGUGACCUGGCCAGCCCAGGAGAAGGGUCUCCAGGGUCCAGGUCAGCGCAGCCGCCGGUUCCGCCGCGCUCGCCCUAUGAAUGGAUGAAGAAACCCAGCUAUCAGUCACAGCCAAAUCCAGGGAAAACACGCACGAAAGAUAAAUAUCGGGUAGUGUAUACUGAUCACCAACGAUUGGAGCUGGAGAAAGAAUUCCACUAUAGUCGAUACAUCACCAUCAGACGGAAAGCCGAGCUCGCUGUUAGCUUGGGACUCUCCGAAAGACAGGUAAAAAUAUGGUUUCAAAAUCGACGCGCCAAAGAAAGGAAACAGGUAAAGAAACGUGAAGAAGUGGUGAUGAAAGAAAAGGGAGAUCAUGCAUCCCUCCAGCAUGCGCAGCUUCAUCACGCGACAAUGCUGCACCACCAACACAUGAUGAACGGUAUGAUGCAUCAUCAUCACUACCAUCAAGGAGUUUUGCAAGGCGUGCCAGAGCCGUUAGCACCAGGGGUGGCACCAGUUCCUCUCCUUGUAAUAAUUAACAUCGGACCUCCUAUAGGAGAACACUUUAGGGUCUAG